UAUGAUGGGUCGCUACAGAUUCGUUUUAUCGAUUUUUCUACUAAAAAUUAUAACCGGUGAUUGUUAUAAAAUUGAUAAUAAAACUUUACAAGACCUACAAAGUAAUGAAGGUUUAAAUAUAUUCGAAUUAGCAAAGAAAUACGGUUAUGUAAUAGAACGACAUCACGUGACUACAGAAGAUGGGUACACACUCGAACUUCAUCGAAUUCCUUACGGAAUUAAUAGCACGGAUCGUUCAAAUAGGCCCCCAAUUCUAAUAGCUCAUGGAACUGGAGGAACAUCAGUUGAAUUUUUAACGAUGGGUGAAAAAAGUAUAGCGAGUCGAUUAGUUGAAGCCGGUUAUGAUAUUUGGAUAGGAAAUGCACGAGGGACGAAAUGGUCUUUGAAACAUAAAUUUUUAAAUCGCCGAUCAAAACAAUUUUGGAUGUUUAGUUGGCACGAAAUCGGAAUAUACGAUUACACCGCCGAAAUUUAUUACGUUUCAAACGUUACAGGUCACGAUAAAAUUUUCUUUUUGGGCCAUUCCCAAGGCGGCACAGCAUUUUUUGUUAUGGCAUCUGAGCGACCGGAAAUGAAUAAAAAACUUCGUUUGGCUUUAUUAAUCGGACCUACAGCUUACUCAAAACACAAUACUAAUCCGGUGGUUAAGGCUGGUGCAGAAAUUGUUAAAUAUUUUGAAGGGCUCGCAGAUUAUCUUCAUUUAUAUGAACUUCCAACCGGACCUGUUAUGACUCAAUUCUUACAGACACUUUGUAAAAGUCCGUUUAAAUUUAUUUGUUUAAUUUAUGUUCAUGUUACUGUGGGGUAUGAUAUUAACCAGAUUGAUCCGAGGAUUCUGCCCACACUUUUAACUAAUUUACCUGGAGGUUUAUCAAUUAGACAAAUGCUUCAUUAUGGUCAAAUGUUUCGAGAAGAGAGAUUUCAGCAAUAUGAUUAUGGCCCUGAGGAAAAUUUAAAACGUUAUGGAUCCACAAAACCACCUUUAUACAACAUAACUAAAAUUACAGCUCCUGUUGGGUUAAUUUAUGGAAGCACAGAUGCCUUCGUUGAUCCUCAAGAUGCAACUGAUCUUUGUAAUGAUUUGCCGAAUUGCGUUUUAAACUGCUUUCUUAAAGAAGGCGAUAUGUUUAAUCAUUUUGCUUAUGUUGUUGGAAAAGAUGCAGAUAAAUUAGUUAAUGAUAAACUUAUUGAAAUGUACAAUAAGUUUUAAAUUAAAUUAAAUUAAGUGGACAACUUUAA